CACUUACCCCGCUCCACUGCCUAACACGCAGUGGUGAGCGUCAGAGAUGACCGGGGCAGCGCCGGUAAAACGGAAGGUGGCUACGUUAAUGCACCGCCCAGUGUCACGCUAACACCGUGGCCACCAUUCUGUGGUGCCGGGACCCUGGACUGGGCACAGCCAGCCACCAGACUGGCAAACCGCCGGCUACCACACCGGAACACUGGCACAGACCAGCUCCAAUUGGCGCAAGCCAUACAUCACUUUGCAAAAUACAACGUACCGAUGUGGGCUCUGCCCCAUCACACCCAGUUCACUGGGACCAGCACUCUCGUAGCAGCAGCAGCUGCUAAACACAGCAUUGACACUGCGGCUGCAGCCGCAACACACGACGGGCACCCGCCCGUGACCUUACCGGUCUUCAUCACAAGAAACACAGCCAGCCGGCUUUUUCCACGCUUUGCGUGGGGUGCCCCUUAAUCCAAUGCCUUCUUGGCUCGCCAGGUUGGGUGCACUUUCAAAACUACAACCAGCAUGCAAUUUAUGUUCUAUGAUGCAAAGGCCUUCAACCAGCCCCUCAGUCACGAUCUGAUGCACCACGCGCUCCUCCCACCCUGCCAGCCGGGCAGAGCUCCCGGCCAAAACGCCCUCAUGUGCGAGCGGUGUGGAGUGGGGCAAUACUCCACCGGCGAUUCCUGUCAAGGAUGCCCGCCAGGUUCGGUACCGUCGGAACACCGGGACACGUGUGAAGACUGCCCGGUGCUCCAGUACUCUGUCAGUGGAGCGGACAGCUGUUUGGCAUGCGACUUGCCAUUAGCCUUGGUGGACAACAAAUGUGUCUGGUGGCACCUGCCCGUUGUGGCGAUCACUUUGCUCCCUUUGGCAGUUGCUGUUCAUCUACUGUUACGGUGUCUCCGUUCCAGACGAGAAAAGAAAAUCGCCUGUGUCAUGAAGGAAGUCUAUGACGAGUUGUGGGAUGAAGGGCCGACCACGCUGGCCACAUACACCCAGAAGUUGGCAAGUCUUGGCCUGCAAAAAACUCAAAUACAACAGAGAUUUUGCGAGAUGCGCGCUCUACAGAGCGAAAGGGCCGGCGUGAGCAUAGCAUAUCUCCUUUCAGGAGAGUUUACGCAGCUGGCUGCAGAUCGCAGCGGCAAAGAUGAACCAACAUUCAUGGACCUCAAAACGGCAUUCUGGUUGUCGGAGCAACCAAUUGGCCGAGACAUCAUCUGCCCGCGGGAUGGGGAGGCAGGAUGCGCUUUGGUGGACUGGAUCCCACGGGAGCAUCGCAGACAACAAACUCACUUUAUGAGUUGGACAUGGAAAUACACCCUGCAGCAGGUGCAAAGCGCGUUGCAGAUGUUUGGAGACGGUUUGGUGGGGCCUUGCUAUUUCUACGUUUGCUUCUUCGUCAACAACCAAUUCCGUAUCCUUUUGGAGCAGACUGCCGCGGGCAGCGACAAUCUCGAAGCGGUUUUCGAAGACAACUUGAAGCGAAUAGGCAAAAUGGUGGCCAUUUUGGAUACAUGGGACCGACCCGUGUACCUGAGUCGCAUCUGGACGGUCUUCGAACAGUUUGUGGCCUCCACAAUUAAAAUCGAGGUCCAGUUCGUCAUGCCGAAGGCCACAGCGAAGCAGUUGCAGGGUGAGAUCGCAUCGGGUUCUGAAGGCAUUGACAGAGUGAUCGAUGCGCUGAGUGAGGUGGAUUCAGCAAGAGCAGAAGCAUGGAAGUUGGAGGAUGAGCUCAAAGUGAAAUCUAUGAUCAAGGACACUGUCGGUUUCCGGUAUGUUGAUUCUCACGUGACGAAUGUCAUGACCACGUGGAUUGGCAAAGUUGUUGAACAGACAUGCAGAGAGUUGCUGGACAAAGCACUUGCGAAGAAAGCCUUGGCGAACGGAGAUGGCGGCAAUGGGCAGGUUAUUUUAUCGGCGUGGCACGCUGCCAUGAUUGAAAUUCGCCAGGGCACAGGGAUGCUGAUCCAGGUGGAUCGGUUCCGCGUGCUCGCUGUAAUUCAAUUUGCAAUGGGCACUGAUGCUGGACACUGUACAGAAACGUUGUCUGAGUUUGAUUGCAUGGAUUUUGUGCCCUUGGGAUGUGUAAAGCCCGACUUUUACAAGGGCCGAGUUGCUUACAGUGUUGCUCCAAGCGAGACCUUCUUGCACGAGGAAAGGAAAAAAAGGAUCCGUGGUCCAACUUUCCACAUCAUUAGCACCUAG